CUGAAACUACUGGCAAAGGGAGGGCCCUGAGUGCUCCCCUUACCUGGACCACAUCUACUCUGUCACUGCCUCAGAACACACGUCUCAGCCGUCCUCCUCUGCCUUCAGCACUUGGUUCCCCUGACGCCUGAGAUGAUCAAGGGGGAGCACGAGGUGGCCAUGCUGGGGGCGCCCCAGGGCCAGGCCCCCGUCACGACCACAGUGAUCACCGUCCCCAGGGAGACCUCCGUGCCCGACCACAUCGUCUGGUCCCUGUUCAACACCAUCUUCAUGAACUGGUGCUGCCUGGGCUUCGUGGCAUUCGCCUACUCCGUGAAGUCUAGAGACCGGAAGAUGGUGGGCGACAUCACUGGGGCCCAGAGCUAUGCCUCCACCGCCAAGUGCCUGAACAUCUGGGCCCUGGUCCUGGGCAUCUUUCUGACCAUUGGAUUGAUCGUUCUUCUGGUGUUUGCUUACCUGGCAGCCUACCGGGUGGCUUCACAGAUGAGGAAUCACAGAGGCUACUAGAUGCUGACCAUGGAGGUGGCCCAGGUCCUGCCCUGUCCACGGCCAGCCCUGCACCUGGGGCUGUGGGCCCGCCCCCUCCCCCCACCCCUUUA